GCCGGAGGAGUUAGAAGCACCGAAAGGACGCUUCUUCCUCUCUCCUCCCCCUUCAGACCCCGCCGAGCACUCCAUCCCUCGCUCCUUUCCCCCCCUCUCUCUCUUUCUUAAAUUGGCAGCGUCUCAGGGCUCGAAACAUGAUAACAGAACAGGCAUAUUGCGCUCCGCGUUUUAGGGCUCUCCUCAGCCCUGAUCACUUUAGGUUGAAAUAAGAAGGCGUUUAGAGGAGAGGGGGGAGAAAAAAGGAGGAACGCACCGUAUCCUGUCAGCGGGUACUCAGGAGGAGUAGCAACAGACUAUAUUUCUGCCACACACACCCUUCUAUGUUCUGUGUGCUCCUGCGCAUCGCAGAUCCCACAAAGUGCUCGUGUUGUGUUAAACUACAGGAAAAGUUAACAUGCAUCUGCACGCUUUGAUACGCGCAAGCCUUGGAUUUGUGGGUUUCCUUUUGGUCGCCUUUGUCCAGCAGUCAGCUUCAGGAAGUAAAACCAUUCAAGAUGUGGACGAAUGUGCAGAGGCUCUUGACAACUGCAGCAUUGAUGCCAUCUGUCAGAACACCCCAAAGUCCUAUAAAUGCAUCUGCAAGUCAGGCUACAAAGGAGAUGGCAAACACUGUGAAGAUGUCGAUGAGUGUGCGACUGAGUACAAUGGAGGGUGUGUCCACGAGUGCAUCAACAUCCCAGGAAAUUACAGGUGCACGUGCUACGAUGGUUUCCGUUUGGCUCAUGAUGGGCACAACUGUCUCGAUGUGGACGAGUGCUCAGAAGGCAACGGCGGGUGCCAACAGAUUUGUGUCAACAUGAUGGGCAGCUAUGAGUGCCGUUGCAGAGAAGGAUUCCUCCUGAGUGACAACCAACAUACAUGCAUCCAGAGGCCAAAAGAAGGCACAAAGGAGGGGCCCACUUGCAUGGACAAGAAUCACGGCUGCGCGCACAUCUGCAGGGAAGCGCAAAAGGGUGGCAUCUCCUGUGAGUGCCGACCUGGAUUCCAGCUCACCCGUAACAUGAAGGACUGCAAACUGACGUGCAACUACGGCAAUGGAGGCUGCCAGCACAUCUGCGAGGAGACGGACCAUGGCCCCAAAUGUUCCUGCCACAUGAAGUUUGUCCUCCACAGCGAUGGAAAGACUUGUGUAGGGGAGAGGAGUGUCCCGUCCCAGGCAGCCCCACAGCUGUUCCCCAAUGAGACCUGUGCUGUGAACAACGGCGGCUGCGACAGCACAUGUCACGAUUCGGUGACAGGAGUCCGCUGCAGCUGCCCUGUUGGCUUCACUCUGCAACCAGACCGCAAGACCUGCAAAGACAUUGAUGAGUGCCGUCUGAACAAUGGGGGGUGUGAUCAUGUGUGCCGAAACACCGUGGGCAGCUUCGGGUGCAGCUGUAAGAAAGGCUACAAGCUGCUAACCAACGAGAGGACAUGUCAAGAUAUUGAUGAAUGCUCUUUUGACCGUGCUUGCGACCACUUCUGUGUCAACUCUGCUGGCAGCUUCCAGUGUCUUUGUAAUAAAGGCUACGUCCUCUAUGGCCUGGCCCACUGUGGAGAUAUUGAUGAGUGCAGUAUAAAUCGUGGAGGCUGUAAAUAUGGCUGCAUCAACACUCUGGGGAGCUAUGAGUGUACCUGUCCGCCUGGAUAUAAGCUUCACUGGAACAAGAAGGAUUGCAUUGAGCUGGUGAAAUGUCCUCCUGGACUUGUGGCACCGAAGGCCACCCUGACCUGCAGCAGGACGGGCAAAAAGGAGAGCUGUUCUCUUACCUGUGCCUCCAAGGCAUACUAUCUGGCAGGGAUAAAUAACAGCUACUCGGUCAGCUGCGGCAUUCCAAUUCUCACAGGAAAGCCCCCUGCCAGGAUCAAUUCCAGCAUCGUUCAAGGGUGCAUAGAGACUUUGGCGCCUCCAGUGAAACAGAAGGCUUCUUUCAAGAUUAAAAAUGCCAAAUGUCACCUGCACCCAAAGCUGAACGGCAGGAUCGAGGACAGGGGGCGGACACUGGGACCAGGAGGGGGGCAGCCUUGCAGCAACUGCCAGGUAACAUUUGUUAACCUUACAUGUGACUCCUCCAAGAAAGCCAAAGGGCGACAUGCUCGCAAUCCCUCUAACAAAGGAGUAACACGCAUAACUUUGGAGCUGGAAGCUGAGGUCAAACCUGGAGACACGACAGGAAGCUGUAACUUGAGUUGUUUGCGGCAACGCAUGGAGAAGCAAGUGAAAACAUAUAUCAAGGCUCUGAAGAAGUCCAUCAACCAAGAGCGCUUUUUGAUCCGGGUUGCCGGUUUGGAGUAUGAAGUGGCCCAAAAACUUCCUCAGGUUACACUUAUUCAGGACCACUGUGCCCCAGGCUGGGAGAGGGUCAAUGGCAGAUGUGUUAUAUGCCUGCCAGGGUCCUACUACCAUGGGGGACAGGAACGCUGUGUCCAGUGUCCACCCGGCACUUUCCAGGAGAAAGAGGGGCAGCUCGCCUGUGACCUCUGCCCUGGCAGCGAUGGCCAUGGCGCUGUUGGAGCACGAAACAUCUCCUCUUGUGCAGGCCAGUGCCCAACUGGUUACUUUUCCAUCGAUGGCUUCAAGCCAUGCCAGCCGUGUCUUCAGGGCACCUACCAGCCAGAUCUGGGAAGGACACUUUGUUUCCCCUGUGGUGGAGGACUGAGCACGAAGCGGGAAGGUGCCAGCUCCUUUCACGACUGUGAAGUCAAAGUCCAGUGUUUUGCAGGUCAUUACUACAACACCACAGUCCACCGCUGUAUUCGCUGUCCAGUGGGGACCUAUCAGACAGAGUUCAGGCAGAAUUACUGCAUCACCUGUCCAGGAAAUACCACCACUGACUUUGAUGGAGCCACAAGUGUCUCACAGUGCAAAAACAGGCAAUGUGGUGGUGAGAUGGGCGAGUUAAUGGGUUAUAUUGAGUCACCUAACUAUCCUGGUAACUACCCUGCUAACGUGGAGUGUACCUGGAACAUCAACCCACCAAGCAAGCGUAAGAUCCUGAUCGUGGUGCCGGAGAUUUUCCUGCCCUCAGAGGAUGAGUGCGGAGAUGUUUUGGUUAUGAGAAAGAACUGGUCAGCUACAUCUAUCACCACUUAUGAGACCUGUCAGACAUAUGAACGGCCCAUCGCCUUCACAGCUCGCUCCAGACGUCUGUGGAUUAACUUCAAGUCUAAUGAGAUCAACAGUGCCAGAGGUUUCCAGAUUCCUUAUGUGACCUAUGAUGAGGACUAUGAGCAGCUCGUAGAAGACAUUGUGCGAGAUGGAAGACUCUACGCCUCAGAAAACCAUCAAGAAAUCCUGAAGGAUAAAAAACUGAUUAAGACUCUUUUUGAUGUGCUGGCCAACCCAAACCACUACUUUAAGUACACCACUCGGGAGUCCAACGAGAUGCUCCCACGCUCCUUCAUACGUCUCAUAAGCAGCAAAGUUUCCGCAUUCCUGCGGCCAUACAAGUAAAACCAAGCUGCUGCUAAGGCAACGGAUUUCAACACCCACCCCACCAGGUCCACGCCUUCUCCCGACAUUCCCUACCACCUUUUAGGCCACAACUCUUCCAGGACUUAUUAACACAAACCCUAUUAGACACUUCACUCAGCAGACCUGAGAAAUGCUCAACAUUUCGUAACCCCACUUGCUCUUUAGGUUUAUUCUGUGUUUCUGCAGGUCUGCAUUCCUGCUUUAGCAUUUAAUGAGUAUGUUGAGCAUGUGAGUGGUUUCUGUUGUGUUGCACAAUAGAACCACGUAUAAAAAAAAAAGAAAGGCAAGGCUAUUUCAAACAGUAGGAGUGACGUUUUGUGUAUGCGAUUUGAGCCUGAUAGAGCUUGUUGUGUUUGCUCCAGUUCCUGCUAUUAAGUGUGACUGUUUGUGUUGUGUAAAUGUGUUGUGUAACCCUGGUCCCUUCUUAGGUGUCUGAGCGCUGCCCUCGAGGAGGAGCAGUCGCUUAAAUCCUGCGUUUUCCAGCUCCUUUGAAGCCCGGCUGUAUUUUUGAGCUCUUAGAGCUGAUUCCAACUGUUAAAACAGUUCGCCGUGUUUUGCCCCGUCUGUUUAGACUGUACCCGUGUUUCACAACCUCUGAGUUAUUCCUUCUGGUUCUUUUUUUUCCCCCAAGCCAACUACAAAGCAAACACAAAAUGUUGUCAUUCCAUGGAACCCAGCGGACAUUCGGGAGAUAAAUGAUCGUGAGAGAUGGGGUGAUGUGAUAUCUGGUGGAAACAUGUUUCAGAGAGUGAGAGUAAAGUCUCUGAGGGACAUUAUGUUUGCUGCUUUUUAAAAAAAAAAAAAAAAAAAGGUCACUUUAAUUCAUCCGUCUCAUUGUCUUUCUCAUCUGCUCUUCAUACUAAUAUUCUGUAGGAUUAAAACAAAGGGUACCUUAGAAUCCAUAAUAGUUCACGUUUUACAUCCAUUAAGUUGAUAAUCUCAUUACUCGUCUGUGGAUUUAUGGUUAUCUUUUUUAUUUUGGUCUUGUAAAUAGUGAAAAUAAACUAGACGAGGGUUGAAAUCUUAAAUCCUGAUUCAUAGGUCCCCUUUACCUCUUCCUAGAUCCAAUUGCUUCUCUGCCCCUAAGGUCCUGCUAGUCUCAAAAUCCAAAGACACCCAACACUCCCCACUCACACUGUAUCCUGUCCCAAUGAAGACAGCUCUUCCAAAGACCGCUCAGAUAGGGCAGUUCAAGUAGUUUUGCGCACUAGAUUUGGAACCGACCGUCCCUUCUGUUUUUAUUAAAGUGCAAUGAAAAGAAACUGGUUCCGCCCUGUUGUGACCCAAAAGGAAAUUUGCAAAGUGUGUUUUGGGUUGUGGUCUUGCUGAGACUUGUAUGAAAAGGUUUAUCAAUUCGCCAUGGGUAGAAGUUAUUUAGGCCUAAAUGAAUUGCUAGUGUUUAAUAAAAAUAAUUCAAUGUGAAAACAAAAUUUGGUGUGCACAGCAAAACAUAUUUUAAGAGUGACUAAACAGGGUAAAAUAAUUUAAGUGUAGAGAAAAUCUAACAGAUCUGACUUAUAUUAGCCUCAGUCAGAAUUAUUGUUAUCUGUUCAUUUUCUUUAUACAUGAGUAUAAACCUAAGAAUAUAAAAAAAGUAGUAAAGGUUUGACAGGUACUGUAUACAGGAUUCCUACAGAUUUUCAUCUCAAAAUGUCAUACUUUUCCAGACUUCCAGACGACUUUUUUAUCGUCUGUAAGGAGAUUGAAAGAAAAUUGGAUGCAGCUUUCAGACAAUGUAAUAGGAAAUCUGGAAAUACACAUUUUUCCAUACACGUUUGGACCCGAGAAUUCUAGAAUUAUGUGGGAACCCGGUGUACACAAACAACACCACUGUCACCUCUGAAACUCAUCGUUUGAAACACAUAAAUUAGUGUUUAGUUCUGAGUUUUCAGGGUCGUUAAAUAGACUGUUUUUAUGACCCGGCACUUCCUGAGCUCCUCACAGUGGCAUGACUUUAUCCCAAGAUUUAGGAGGCUAUUCCCUUCAGUUAACAUCACUUUAGUCAAACUGGGAACAAUGAAUGAAUUGUUAGUCAACAAGUGAGCAUGAAAAUCCCCUCCAUGGACCAGGACAUUCAUAAAGAGAAUAAAAACUUUCCCUCCUUUGUGUUGUUCCUAUUUCUGUAAAUAAAAUCAGUUUGUUUGGACAUCAUAUCCCAUGGACCAUACUGGAUGACACAAAGGGAAUAUGCCCUCACUGUUAGAUCUAAGGGUAUUGUUGGGUCAGACUUAUAACAGUUUAUAUUUCCUUCAAUACAUAUUUCACUUUUACAUCAGACAGAAUGUUCUUAUCCUAGUGUGUUCAUGUGGCCCACUUGCCCCCUCUCUUUCCACCAGAACUAGCUUCUUUCCUGCAUCCUGUUAUUGUUGUUGGGUUUAUUGAGGUGUUGUCUUUAAAGCAAUAGUUUGCCAUGAUGUAUUGGAGUUUGAUAAUGAUAUUUGCACUUGAAAUGUUAUUGUUCAUGUAAAGAAAUGUCUGGUUUUUGUAUUGUCUUUUAAAUGAAUGCAAUUGGUGUUCCUUUUUUUUCCUUGUAGCUUGUUUGUUCAUGAGAUGCUCACUCACUGUUUAGUCUAUAGGGAUGAUACAUUAUCAGCAGUUUGGAGAAAGAGGGGAAAAAAACUUUGUACAAAGGGGAAUCAAACAGGUUUAUACUUGUUACUGCCCAAGACACUUAUUAAAAAUAAACAUACUGUACUUCA